UCUCCGUCUCUGCAACCAUCUCUCGCCGGUGAAACGUGAAAACGAAACCCUAACAACGUCGACGACGAUCAUCUCUUAUCGUAUAUCAUCCGUUGGACAAAGAGUAGCUGUUGACUAAUAGGACAAAAGUCAAUUUGGAGAUUGGAAGUGAAAUUGAACAUGUGAAAUGAUCAAGUAAAAGUAAAAGGAGGAUGAAACCAAGCUUAGGUUGUAGUCAGUUGUAUAUGAAAGUAAGAAACAUAGAAGAGCCGUCUAUGAAACUUUCAGCUCUGAAAAGAUGCAGAUUCAUAGUGGAUUAUUGAACAAACGUUCAUACAAGUGUGCUUUGGCACAGAUGCUGGUGUGAUGAGUGUGGAAGAGGAGAGCAUGGGGCAACAUGGUGUUGCCUUUGAUAGAUAUGAUGAUUUUGAUGGUGCAGCAGACCCAGCUGGAAUUUCCACACCUCAAGAUAAAGACAGGGAAUUUGAGCCACACCUAGGUUUGGAAUUUGCUUAUGUAGAUGCUGCCAAGACCUUCUACAAUGAGUAUGCUAAACGUGUCGGGUUCACAACACGUGUCAAUCAAAUUGCCCGACCCACAUCUGAUGUUGCAGUGCGUGAAUAUUCGUGUGCUACAUCAGGAGAUGGCUGCAAUGCGAUGCUUAGGAUAGAAUCUAAAGGUCAAAAUAGCUGGGCCGUGACCAAAUUUGUUAAAGAACAUAAUCACUCUAUCACGAAUACAUGUAAGGGUCAUUACCAUCGACAACAACGCCAUUUUUCUGGUGCUACAAAAGAUGCAGCUGGAGUGAUGAGCGUGGAAGAGGAGAGGAUGGGGAAACAUGGUGUUGCCUUUGGUCGAUAUGAUGAUCUUGAUGGUGCAGCAGAUCCAGCUGGAAUUUCCACAGCUCAAGAUAAAGAUAGGGAAACUGAGCCUCACCUAGGUCUGGAAUUUGCUUAUGUAGAUGCUGCCAAGACUUUCUAUAACGAGUAUGCUAAACGUGUUGGAUUCACAAUAUGUGUCAAUCAAAUUACCCGACCCACCUCGGAUGUUGCAGUUCGUGAAUUUUCAUGUGCUACAUCAGGAGAUGGCUGCAAUGCAACACUUAGGAUAGAGUCAAAAGGUCAAAAUAGCUGGGUUGUAACAAAAUUUGUUAAGGAACAUAAUCACUCUGUCACGAAUACAAGUAAGGUGCAUUACCAUCGACAGCGACGGCAUGUUUCUGGUGCUACAAAAAUUGCAGUUGAAAGCUACCCAAUGGUAGGAGUUGUUCCUAGCGGUGUAAUGUAUCUGUCAAUGGAUGGUAAUCGUGUUCCUGCAGAAACAAACCGUGGAUCUAGGAGUGCUUCUAUGGAAUCAAAUCGUGCAGUCCAGAUUUCAGAUUCUAUAGCUAAUUCUGCUCGGCAUGCUACUAGUAAAAGGUCAUUGGGAAGAGAUGCUCAGAAUCUACUAGAUUACUUAAGGAAAAUGCAGGCCGAGAACCCUGGUUUUUACUAUGCCAUACAACUAGACGAGGAUAACCGCAUGUCUAAUGUGUUUUGGGCCGAUGCAAGGUCUAGAACUGCUUAUAGUCAUUUUGGUGAUGCUAUUACACUAGAUACAAUGUACAGAGUGAAACAGUAUAAAGUGCCAUUUGCUCCUUUCACAGGGAUCAAUCAUCAUGGUCAAACAAUUUUGUUUGGUUGUGCAUUGCUUCUAGAUGAUUCUGAGUGCACAUUUACAUGGCUUUUCAAGACAUUUCUUGCUGCCAUGGGUGAUCAGGCCCCUGUCUCCAUAAUUACAGAUCCAGAGAAAUCCAUACAAGCUGCAGUUGCGCAGGUUUUUCCAGGAACCCGUCACUGCAUCAGCAAGUGGCAUGUCUUAAGAGAAGGACCAGAUAGGUUGGCGCAUGUUUGUCACAUGCAUCCUAAUUUUCAGGCCGAGCUGUAUAACUGUAUCAAUUUGACAGAGACAAUUGAGGAGUUUGAAACUGCAUGGGAUCUUAUCCUUGAUAGAUAUGAUCUUAGGAGGAACGAUUGGUUACAAUUACUGUAUGCUGUGCGACAACAGUGGGUCCCAUCAUAUUUUCAUGAUACAUUUUUUGCUGCAAUUUCUUUCAAUCAGGGUUCUGAGAGCUCUUUUUUUGUUGGUUAUGUAAAUGAACACACUACUGUGCCAUUGUUCUUUAGGCAGUAUGAAAGAGCUUUGGAGAACUCAUUUGAGAAGGAAAUAGAAGCAGAUUUUGAUACGAUAUGCACCACCCCUAUAUUGAGAACGCCGUCACCAAUGGAGAAACAAGCAGCAAGUCUAUAUACAAAAACGAUAUUUUCGAAAUUUCAAGAAGAGUUAGUUGAAACUUUUGUGUAUACUGCGAAUAGGAUUGAUGGUGAUGGUGCAGUAAGCACAUUUAGGGUUGCAAAAUUUGAAGAUGACCAGAAAGCGUAUCUUGUCUCCUUGAACAUUGAAGAGUUAAGAGCAAGUUGCAGUUGUCAGAUGUUUGAGUAUUCGGGCAUUCUUUGUAGACAUAUUUUGACAGUUUUUACUGUAACAAACGUCCUUACAUUACCGUCCCAUUAUAUUCUGAAACGGUGGACGAGAAAUGCAAAAUGCAACAUUGCAUUAGAAGAACGUGCUGAUGUAAAUGGACAGGAGUCAUUAGCUAUUCGUUACAACCAACUAUUGCGGGAAGCCAUCAAGUUUUCUGAGGAAGGGGCCAUUGCUCCAGAUACCUUUACUGUGGCAAUGGCUGCUCUUCGAGAAGGAGGGGAGAAGGUGGCUGCUGUAAAGACAAAUGUUGCAAGUUUUGCACCUCCCAGUUCACAGGUCAGUGUGAUUGGCUAUGAUAGCCGAAAGACCACUUCUUCUGCACCAGAUAUGACACCUUUAUUGUGGCCACGCCAAGAUGAAGUAACAAGACGGUUUAAUCUUAAUGAUGCUGGUCUUCUGGCUCAAUCUGUUACUGACUUAAAUCUACCACGCAUGGCCCCAGUCUCUCUGCGUCGUGAUGAUGGUCAUCCGGACAAUAUGGUGAUUCUUCCUUGCCUCAAGUCAAUGACAUGGGUAAUGGAAAAUAGAACCUUGGCUCCUGCAAACAGAGUAGCUGUCAUAAACCUGAAGUUGCAAGAUCAUAGAAGGUCACCAGCAAGUGAAUCUGAGGUUAAGUUUCAGCUUUCGACACUUACUUUAGAGCCAAUGUUGAGGUCAAUGGCUUACAUCAAUGAACAGCUCUCUGCCCCUGCUAAUAGGGUGGCUGUCAUUAAUUUGAAGCUUCAAGAUACAGAUACUAGUUCAGGAGAAUCUGAGGUGAAGUUUCAGGUGUCUAGGGACACUUUAGGUGCCAUGUUGAGAUCAAUGGCUUAUAUCCGUGAGCAGCUCUCUAACUCUAAUGCGGCUGAAUCAGCAUCGGAGAUUCCUUCAAAGAGACCAAGAAAAGAGAGAACCAAUUAAUGGUUAGCUUCUUCAUCUUCAAGUAAUAUAUUGUUGGUUUCGGAUGGAUGGAUGGAUGGAUGGAUGUGUACAAGAAGUAAAGGUAGCAAAGAUCGAUUUCAGUUAAUGUUAGGUUGAGAUAGAGAGAAAGAAAGAAAGAAAGAUAAGAAGAAGGUUGUUGGUGGGAUGAGUGAAUUUUCUUGAUUAGUUUCCAUUGCAUCUGUUUGCUCUGCUCUGCUGUGAUUUUAUUAUUAUUAUUAUUAUUUGUAUAUAAAUAUACUUUUUUGAUUGUUGAUAAUAGUUAGUUGGUAAUGAAAUUGUUUCAUUAUUUGUCAUUUUAAAAA